UUUUAUACCUUUUUCCCGUUAAUUAAAAAUAAAUUUUACAAUUUGAUGGCAGACGAAUGUGUUUAAACCACGCGAGAGAUCACUCUUGUUGACGUACGCGCCCAUAACAUAAUUGUGAACAUAGAAGCAAGAAAAAAAAAUUGAAAAAAAAAAAAAACACUCAAAAGUUAUUAAGUGAAGACAAGUUGAAAAGAUAUUUUGAAAAAAAUUUUUAUGAGUUUUUUUUUUUGCAUUUUCUCCUCUUUGGGGUGAGAAAAUUUCGACUAAACACACACCCAAAAGAAAAAAAACGAAAAAAAUCCAACUAAAGACAUUUGUGUAAGACUUUCCCAGUGAGUUGAAGAGAGUUCGAUCAAAGUGUUGUCAGUUAAGAGAAAGAGAAGAGAAUUAAAAAUUAUGGUUGAGAUUUAAAAAAAAAAAAAAAAGAUGAUAAUUAUAUUCCCAAUAAUGUAUAAAGAACGAAACUAAAUAUAUAAAAGAAAGGAAAUAAUCGUCGAUUGUGCUCGCGAUCAAUUUCAUCCAAUUAUCGAUCUUUCGACUUUGAUUAAGACUGUUGCGGCAAUUUUAAUGCCGAGGAUCCUGCAUUCUAUUGAGAAUAACGUCACCGCAACCGAUGACGAUAAUCCGUUAGUAACGCGUAUACGUAUCGAUCAUUUAAAUCCAAUUGCAGGAAAUGAUUCACACGACACAUCAAUCCACUUAUCUACAUGUCAAAAAUUAAAUGACAUCAAUGAUGAACAUUUGAAAUUUCCGGUAAAUCAUACGAUCAUAACUAAGAACUAUAGCGGGCAGAUAAGCUGCUCAGAUAUUGUAAAGCAACUCAAAGAAAGAUUAGCACAACUCUUAAAACUUUAUUCAAUUUUGACGAUUACAACAAUAGGGAGGAAAUUGAAAUAUUGAAAAAGUUCCCAUUUAGAAGUCUCCCUAAUCGUAAUCGAUGGGUAACAUAUUCCCGGGCGAAGGAAAAUUGGAAAAAACUGCUCCUAUUAAGAUACCGAAAUCGCCGAAAGCACUUCCAUUAGAUGAAAAUGAACGGGACGAAGAAAAAAAGUUUCCUAUCAGGGAAUAUCAAAAUAAAAAUAAAUUUCCACUUCAUAAUACAAACAACAUGCAAAGUUAUAGAGAAGAGGCGGGGGCAUUUCAUUCGAUGGCGAAUUCUGCCCACACGCAAUCAAUAAUCUAUGGACCGUCGCAACAAGAAAAUUUAUUAUUGGAAUUUACGAUCUCAAAAGCUUUUCCAUGUAAACAAAAUACUUUGCCAAGCAUUGAUAAAUAUCCCAUAAGAGAUAAUGCGUACCACUCCUCCUCCCUCCCGAUAGUGAAUGCUAAGAAGAAUGUAAAACGUAGCGGCCGUAAACAUUUAAAACCCACGCAUUCGUUGCCAGCGAACAAGUGGAAAAUUCGAAAGAGUGUUUCUUUGAUGCCUACGCCACAAAUGACGCAUAACUAUAAUGAAUUGAUGGCUCAAGUUCAAAACGCACAAGAUCAUGUAGAAAAUUCCCAAACAUUGGCAUCAUCAUCAUCAUCAGCGUCGAAUCAAUCUUGCGGGAGAGUAAUAGAGGACAAUGUUGGUAUACGAAUGGUACCAGCUGGCAUAUCUAAAAAUACGAGCCAGAAACCAGAAGUGCAGAAAAAUUUUGAAAAUAUUGAGCGUACUGGCGAUGACGUUUACGGCUACGCAGAUAGAGAAAGAAAGCUGUCGCUCUCUGCUAGAAAUAUGAAUCGCAUGAAUAAUGAAUCGCUUGUAGAUAGGAAAGAAGAACAGCGUACAACACCCCCGUUGAGUGUAACAAGUGUUUGUUAUGGCAAGAGUAACACAAAUGAGUUACUCGAUGAUCUUGACGGAGUCUAUAACGAUCCGGUAGUUUUGGUUAGCUCAGAUGUACGCGAUACUUGCACAUUAGCGGUCGAGAACGGAACAAAUCGAAACGAAUUCGGUCAACGCAAUACGGGAAGUGCUCUAUCUAUUAUUUAUGAAACACCAACGUUUAUCUCGUCCGAGUAUGGUGGCAGUAUUAGUGUUACGUCACAGGUGCAUUGUAGAAAAAAUGAUGAAUUAUUAACAUGCAGUGAUAAUGUUUUAAAUUUGAAAGUAAACGAAAAAGAAAAACAUGAGAUCGCUUUCGAAAAUCUCUUCAAAGAACAAAUUAACACAAACGAAGUGCUUGUAAAUCGUUCCAAAGAAAAGGAAGAACAUUGCGUCGCCGAGAAUAUCAAUAAACUCGCUAAGUACGAUUCGCACAGAUCAGAUGAAAUGAAGUAUGAGAUGAAAGGUGCUAAAGGAGCUUUACCGAAUAACGCACGGGUGCCAAUCGGUAAACCAAUCGAAAGUGCAGCAAUCACCGCGGAAUUGCGUGCCUUAUCUUCAAGCGCGCAAAGAAGUUCGGUUGGUGGCAAUAUAUCGGUUGACUUACCACGCUUUCCUACUAACGCUACCCGCAAUGAAUUAUUAAAUGACAACACUUUGCAGAAUCGCUCGUUAUCGUUGAAUAAUGCUUUGGACAGUGUACUGCCAGAGAAGACCCGUUUAAGACGGCAGCGUCGUUUGAAAAACGAUGAUGAACCUCCUGAAGAUCCCAUCGAACGUUUGAAUCGUUUAAAAGCUCGCAUUUCUGGCGCUCUUAGUGAAGUGAAAGGUGUCCUAAAGCAAUAUAGCAACGAUAGCGAAGAGGAACAGAAGACUGACCCUCAAAGCCUAAAGCCUUCCAUUAUUUUGGGCACACCGCCAGAAUCUAAAAGCGAAGGUCCAGUACAUUUUCGUUUCGUUAAAAAGAUUCGACGUCGCAGUCUUUUCCUUGACGAAGAAACUGAUUCAAGUAAAGAGGAAGUAACAGAUGUGAAUAAUAUUCAAGCAGCAAAACCAAUUAGAUAUGAAACAGAAGAAGUUCCUUCAAAUAAAAGUGAAACCACAACACUGCCCAUGGGAAUACAAAAAGAUAAUAAAGAUGAUAGAAUAACAAUGAGCUACACACAUGAAAACUUAAAAUCUUGUUCAUUGAGAGGAAAUGAUCAUUCGAGCGUGAUAUCGGAACCAAUUGACCUCAAUAAGGAAUUAUCUAAAGUCCAGAAUUCAAAUACCAUUUACAAGGAACUCGAAGAUGUUCCCAAAACGGUUGAAAUAAACUUGGACAGUAAUAGUUAUUCGAAGAAAGUGGACGAGAGUCAGGCGUUCAUCGGUAAAGAUUACCAAACCGAGCAUAAAUUCCAUAAAGAAAGCGAAAGAUUUGAUUUUAAUUCCGCAUCUAAAGGUGAACGCACACUAACGUCGGCAAACCUGUGCACUAACGCAUUAGCUAUUCCAACUAUAAAUUCGAAUUUAACGGUAAAAGAAACUGCUAGCACUAAGAUAGCUAACCCGCCCUACCAAGGUUCCUUUGAAGAAUUUCCAAAAAGCAUUCAAGCCUCCUAUAAUGCGCCGACAAACGUCACCGAUGACAUUAAAGAAAAUAAUCAAUCGUGUAACGAAGGCAAUCAACUGUCACUUGUUAACUCUCAGUGUACGGAGAAGGAAUUAAAUGCAGAAGUUUCAAGAGGAGAUCGAAAUAAAAUGAAUGAUAUAGGGAAAGCAGAUAAAAGUCAAAAACUUGAAGACUUUAGUAAUCGUGCAUCAGGAUCGAUAAAAGCUUCUGAAAAAGAGCAAAUCAGUCAUUCUCUCUACACUCUGAAAGAAGAGGACCGAGAUUCUGUUAAAUGCAUCAACGAAGAUGUCUGCAAAGCACAAAAGCCGCAGGAGGAAUCAAUUGAUGGUAAGAGUAGAGUGAGAAAAAAAUUGGUAAAUAAGCAAAAAGAAGGCGGACGGCGUGCUUCAAUAGCGGCCGUUGAAAGCUCUAAAAUAGACUCACCGUUAGCUAUCGCUUUACCAGGAAAAAUCAAACGUAGGCCAUCGGAUUCAGCGGCUGUUAUUAAAAAGAAAAUAGUUCCAAGUAAGAUGACAAUAUCCGAUACUGGUGAGGAAGUUGCGAACAAAUCGAAAGUUAUCAAAGUUAAACGGGUAAGUGCGACCUCAAAGAGAUGUAAUGAAAAGGGUGAACAACCAGUCACGCAUCAAACAAUUACAACUGACGAAGCUAUACACAAUACACAAAUUGACAUAAAUAAUGCCAAGAAAAUCAACGAUGAGAAUCAUUCGUUGCCAAAUGAUAAUACGGCUACGGUUAUAGAACGAUCACCAUUGAAUGAAGUGAUAACAAAUGAGGUGAAAACAUUGCCAACGCAAUUAGAAAUUGAACGGCGCACGGCGUCAUUGAGUCCAUUAUCAGCUAAAGAAAAGCUAGAAGCGACAAAUGCAGCGACAACAGCAACAACCACAACGUCUAGAGCAACAAACGAUUCGCCCGAUAUGCUGGCUACUGUGCCAGAAAUUACUAGGGCCAUGAAGAGUUCAAUACAAACAAGAGAAUCGACUAAUACAGUAACGACAAAUUUUCAUGAUUUAUUGAUAAGUGAAAGUACGGUUAUUAUAACGAGCAAAAAAGAUGAGGAUAUCGCGGGGAGAUUACAGACCGGUAAGACGACUGAUGAAAUCAACGAUGAUCAUCAAGAAAUUUAUGCGGAGAAACCGCAGGAAAUUUCAAAUAAAUUGACUCAGCAAUCUAAGCAAUCCGAACAGGUGGUUGUUGCCAUCAAUAAGAACGCCAACAAUGACGUCAUAACAUCGGCAAAUGUAACUCAACGUCAGCUACCCAAAACGAAUGUUGCUUUUAUUGAGAAAAAAAUAACUUCGUGUACGGAGGAGGAGAUUCAUGAACAACAGCAACAACAGCAACAACAACAACAACAACAACAACAAUUUACGACAACAACCGAUAUUACAAAAACCAUUGAAUGUCCACAAAUUUCCAACAGUCGACAAGAGAUCACACAACAAGAUACUACAAGUCAAGAAGGAGAAGAAACAACAGCAAAAGCCGAAGCAGCAGCAGCAGCAGCAGCAAAAGAAUUAACUAAAGAUUCAAAAAUGCCCGAACAACAAUUGGCUCCCACACCGGUGCAGACAGCCGAAAUUCAAGUCGAGCCUGCCGACCACAAGAAGAAAGUUAUACAUAAAAAAAUAAUACAUCAAGUAUCUUCCCCCUCCUCGUCCUCCUCCUCCUCAUCAUCAGAUAAAAUCAGCAUCAAUAAAACAAACGAAGGAGAUUUAAACAAAAACGAUGCAGAAGCUAUUACGAGCUCAGCAGAAUUCCCAGCCGAUGAAAUUAGUGUUGAAAUGAAAAAUGAGCCUUUCGCUGAAGAAGAUCAUGGCGACCAAAAUUUAGAAAAUAACGAGGAAUUACAAUCGCUAGCUGCUGAUACAGCUGAGACGCGUAAAAAGGAACGCAAAAUUAAAAAGAAAGUUAUUAUUAAACGUCAGCAACGUCGUCUUUCCGUAACCGAUUCAUUUUUUCAACGGCCUAAUAAUAACGAACAAAUUGCUUCAGCCGAAACUGAAACGUUGGAAAAACCUAUUGCUUUUGUUACAGACGACGAAGAUGACGACGAUGAUAAGAUAGAAGAAGCGCAAAUUGUAGAGGAACCAAAACCAUUGAAGUCCUGCAUGAAGGUCAAAGCCUACGAAAUAGGCGAUGAGGUUUUAUACGCCGAACGUUACAAGAAAACGCAAAUCAAAUGGAGGCGCGGCAAAGUCAAGGAGCGCAUUACUAGCAUAUCGUAUCUGAUUGAUAUCGAAGGUAAAGACGUCUCGUCGCAUGUUAAUUAUUUAAAAAGAUACACAAAUCGUAAAGUGAAAUUUGGUGGUAAAGAGUAUCUAGAAAUAGAUUACGAGCAACUCGCCGAGGAGGAAGAGAGAGCUGAAAAUCUACGUAAACGUACUUUCAGUAUAUGGAAUAUGGUAUAAACGGUUAGUCAUUGCUAAUGCCGAAAACGAUACGUUCUCGCCUACCCUAUAUCACACAGCUGGCUUCAGGCAAGUGUUUUUCUUUUAUUCGUUUGUCUUCUUAGUAUUUUCAAAGGGAGAAAUUCCUUAGUGAAAAAGUGUAAAUAAGGAUACGCGUUUUAUUACUUUUAUUUUUUCCUUGUUUUUCCUUGUUUUUUUUUUCUCUUUUUUCGAGUUUAGUUAAAAAAAUUUC